AUGGCGUUGGAGAAAGAUUUCAUGGCGGUCGCGAUGUCAUCGGAUACUUCGACCAAUCAUCGAUUAGCUUCUAAUAUAAGCGGCGAUUUUAAAAAGGGAAACAUGGAGACGUCGACAUUUUCUCGCGAAAUUAUAAUCAAUCAAGAAAGAAGAUCUUGCAGAAAUGAUAAUGAUGAGAGACGUGAUUCGAUCGAAACGAAUAGUAGCAAUGGAAAUAGUUGUAAUUCUGGUUUUUUGGUCGAAAAAAUAAAACGAAUUAAUCGGACGAUGAGAAAUAGAAAUCGUGGGUCUUUUGAAGUUCGACGGAAUCCAAUGCGAGUUAGUAAGAAAGACAUGGAUAAAAAUUUUCGACGUCCAAGACAGUGUCUCUUGUCGACUAAAAGGAAAGAUCGCUUUGAAAAUUCGUUAUCUAUGAUCUCUAAUCGAACUAAAUCAUCACCUACACCGUAUAUGAACACGAGAUCAGUGACUCGUAAAAUGUGUAAUGUUGGAGCUACUUAUCAAGCGCCAACGAUAAAAGACGAGACUCAAUGGAAGGAAUGGCCUGUUCAUGGAAUGCAUGAAAGACCAAUUUUUCAUCCUCAGGUUGGGCUUGCAGCUGAAUAUUUGGGACGUUAUUUCGUUAGCUUGGAUGGACUUUCUUAUCGAGAAAUCGUUGAUCAAUCUGAGAUAGAAGUGGUCUCGGUAGAUCCCCAUGGCGAAUGGUCAUCAUCCAGCGAAAAGAAACGAGGUAGAAAGAUGAUAACUACGGUCUAUCGAAAGAAUACCGAAGAAAAGAGAAAACGACAUCAGCAAGAACAUACUUUUUCUGAUACAUCGAAAGAUAAACAAGAAUUUUCAGGAAACUUUCGAAACUGCAGCAGAAAAUCAUUAGACACGAUCACCCACAGUUCAAGAAAAUCUGCUGAGGAAGAAAAUUUUUUAGAAGGAUACGCGAUUGCUAUGUCUCAAAGCAUUCAGAGCUCUGCCAAUUUUGUUAAAACUAAUUCUUGGUCCGCAACGACACCAACAAUGUUCAUCACUGAACGACAAAAACCAUCUAAUAGUUUCUACAAUGUUCAAACUUUACACAGCAAUCAAUUGAAAUUUGCCAAUAUACUUCCUAGACCAUCACCAAAGAGUUCCUUAAUAUUUGUAAGAACUACAGACACUAAAACUUCUAAUUGUUACUCGACACCUUCUAAUCAAAUAUUUAAACCAUUUUCCAAUGAAAUCGGUACGACAAAAUUAACAGAUACUCUAAACGACGAGGCAUUGAUGGAAAUGAAUACAAUUUAUAAAAAUCUGAUACCAAAAGAAGAUUCUUUUUUGAGUUGCGAGAAUUCUUCGAUCAAUGCCAGUAAUUUUUGUAAAAAAGGGAUGAUGAAUUAUGUUAAUAAGCCACAGAAUAUUGUAAUGACGAAGUGCCUUUUUACCGCGAGACAAGAGAAACGAGAAAAUAUACACGAUAGUCAAAAUAUAAAAACUGUGAGAAAGAAUUUGAACGAUAGAUCCACAUUAGAAAUAGCGUUGAGAGAAAAUAAAGAUAAGUCUUCUACGACUAGUAACAUUGAAAAUUGGUCUACAAACGAAACAUCCGAAAUUGCAAAAAUUCUUUCAGAAUACAAUAGAAGUAUAGCAAGGAAGUCUACUAUGCAGACAGAAAACUAUACUAUACCUUUGAAAACCCAAAAACCAAAUAUAUUACGUAACAAUUCAAAAGAUUUGAAAGAGACGAUAUGGAGCAAAGAGGAAAGAAGAAUAAACAUUAAUUCUAGAGGAGAUUUUACAGAAAGAAAAGCUAGUAUUAGAUUGCCUCAUGGAAAAUGGAGAAGAUUUCACUUUACGGUGGAAAAGAUAAAAGAUUCGUUGGAUGUUACGGAUCGUACGCAAUCCUCGUUUAUCGAGCAUCAACAGGCAAAAUUAAAAAAUAACAGAAUUAGCACGAAUAGUAUCAGUACUACUAAUUCUACUCCUCGUCGCGAAAACAGAAGGAAAUCUCAGCUUCCUUAUAGAAGUUAUGAGAUGUUGCCUCACGAAGAAACUUCAAAUAUAGUGAAUUCUAUAAAAAAGGAAUGUACAACGACAAAAAUGGAGAAUUCUACGAGAACGCAAUCUUUGCAAGAAUUGUUAGAAAGCACAGCUGUUUUAUACUGUACCACAGCUGGUGGUACUCGUCAAGAAGAUUUAGCUAAUUACGUUGAUACGAUGGAUACCACCGAUAAAUCUUUGCAAUGGUUGGAUUCGUGGAAUAAUCAAAUUGUUUAA